AUGCGCCGGUUAUUGGAAACGAUGUGCCGUAUUCAGAUCAAACCCAGCCAGGUGGAAAAGUGCUGGCCGAGUUGCUUCACCAACGAAAGCCGUUCGACUUUUACAACAGAUUCACGGAGGAAUUCCUGCCCGAUAGCCAAGCCAUCGCGCGGAUGUUGGCCACCGCACAAUAUUCUGACAUUAUGGUGUCUCAACUAUCCGCCGACGAAGAACUUCACAGCUGCCCUCCGCGACGGAUUGCCGACUAUCAAUCGGCGCAUCUCCGAGAAUUUGCUGACGAGAAGUGUGCAGAGGAGCGGAUUGUACGCGUACAUUCUCGACAAAAUGGACACUUUCUUCACCAGGGCUUUUGCGCUGUCGGAUCCGAUGAGCCUGAGCUUUGCCUGUCAUCACUAUUCACCCCUGCAAAUGUUUGAGGUCUACAACAGUCUCCUAAAUUGUGCCCCGAUGAGUUGGCCGCGUGUCAACUUGACGAACGCAUUAAUGGACACUUUCCGUCUGAUCGAGCAGAGCCCCGGAUGGGGGAAAUUGGGAGCAGAGGAGGCUGAUGAUUAUGAACACUACAAGAGCAACUACAUCUACCUGGCUCAAUCUUCGAAGACUUUCGAAGACUAUCGCGCCAAUCCUGCAGCUUUUGAUGCCGAAAUGAAACAGGCCACGGAUUUCCUCACUACCAUGAUCGGGUUGGAUCGGUAUACGGUACUCCGCCGCUUGGCUUAUUGGUCACAGGAGAGUAAUGAAAAGUGUAUGGUGGACAUGUUGAAGCCGGAAUAUGCGAUGAGGCAUGAAUAUAUUAUGGAAAUCGGGCAGAUCAUGGUCAAGGAUUUGGAGAAAAUUGCCUUCCUCUCCGAUAUCUGCAGCCGCGUCCUCGCCAACGAACCGGAUUACGCCACCGCUUACAAAGAUCAAGACCUACUAGCCACCGCCCAAAAACUGAGCCAUCUACUGGUUUCCAAGCAGCUGUACACCACAUAUCCUGCGUCGGAUGUCCCCCGAUGCACCCCGGUUGGAGAACACUUCCCGGGCGGGCGGCCA